GCGAACAAAUUGAUUUAGAGCAAGGACAAUUAAUGCCAACAAAAUUUAGAAAUCUUAGAGAAGGCGAAAAGCAACUAAAAAAAGACCUCAAACAGUUGGAGGAAACUACAAACCAACCCCGCGAAUAUCAUAUAAAAGAAGCCUUAAUUAGAUACAUUGAGGACAUGGAGGAUAUUAGAGAUGUGGAAAAGUAUAUUGAAAAAAAAGAAAAAGGGCAAAUAAUUUGGAUACAGAAGGCCGAGGAAGGCUUAAAGGAGAUUGACGACCGCACAAUGGCCGAAAACAUUAGAAUUCGGGUAGAAAAUCAUUUAGCCAGCCAUCCCACGCAAAACGGCAAACCUUUAAGUGGUAAAUGA